AAAACUAAAGUUUAAAUUUGACGUUUCUAGAUGACUGUCUACCAUUAAUUAAUUUUGUUUGUUGGUCUUAUUAGGGUUUAUCGGAUUACUUGUGUUACAGUUCUUCCUAACGUACAAAUACAUUUUAUAAACUAUUAUAAAACAGUAUGGCAUCAACAAGCGCUGAUACUCAAGCAACCAUCGCUCAAAAGACAUGGGUAAUGGCAAACAACAUAGAAAACGUAUCUAGUGUUGAUGAAAUUUAUCGUUACGACAAAAGGCAACAACAAGAUAUUCUUGCUGCAAAACCAUGGGAAAAAGAUCCCCAUUUCUUCAAAGAUAUCAAGAUAUCAGCACUAGCAUUAUUGAAGAUGGUGAUGCAUGCUCGAUCUGGCGGCACUCUAGAAGUUAUGGGUCUUCUGCUAGGUAAAGUAGAUGCAAAUACUAUGCUAGUGAUGGAUUCUUUCGCACUGCCUGUAGAGGGGACUGAAACACGAGUAAAUGCACAGGCUCAAGCAUAUGAAUACAUGACUGCAUAUAUUGAAGCAGCUAAGCAGGUUGGCAGACAUGAAAAUGCAAUUGGUUGGUACCACAGUCACCCUGGAUAUGGAUGCUGGCUGUCAGGCAUUGAUGUGUCCACCCAAAUGCUGAACCAAAACUUCCAGGAACCAUUUGUAGCCAUUGUUAUUGACCCAGUCAGAACAAUAUCUGCUGGAAAAGUCUGUCUAGGUGCUUUUAGAACUUAUCCAAAGGGUUACAAGCCUGCCAACGAAGAACCAUCGGAAUACCAAACAAUUCCCUUGAACAAAAUUGAAGAUUUUGGUGUUCAUUGCAAGCAAUACUAUUCCUUAGAAGUGUCUUAUUUCAAGUCUUCUCUGGACAGGAGACUUCUGGACUCCCUUUGGAACAAAUACUGGGUGAACACACUCAGUAGCUCCAGUCUUAUCACAAAUGCUGAUUACACAACUGGACAGAUUUUCGACUUGUCUGAUAAGUUAGAACAGAGUGAAGUUUCUUUAGGCCGUGGUGGUUUCAUAAUGGCUGGCUCGGAUCCACAUGAGAAGCGUACGGAAGACAAGCUUGGCAAAGCCACCAAGGAUGCGUGCAAGACUACAAUUGAAGUUAUACACGGUCUAAUGGCACAGAUGAUCAAAGAUCGCCUGUUCAACAGUGUCAGCGGCCGCCCUGCCCCAGCUACUCCAAUGAUAGAGUGAAUUAUGGGUGAAUGCUUAAAUUUAGGAACUCAUUAUAAUAAUAUCAUAAUGCACUGAAAAGGAGAGUAGAAGUUUGUAUGGGACCCAUCUAAACCACGCAGACGAAGUGGGAUCCCCUAGUUAUCCAUAAAAUAGUAAAAGCUACUUGCAGCAAAAUUCUUAGUUAAAAUUAAGCCUCCUGUUUAACAUAACAUCAUUCCAUCUUUAAGUCAAACCGAGAUAUAUACACUAUCUCUGUACACUGAGGUUUAAAAUAUUACUUUCAUCAAAGUCCUUAUAUAAAAGCCAAUUAUGUUGAUGGCUAAUUCUAUCUCUUUACAGCUUUAAACAAUUGGCAAAGAUGGAAUGAUAUGUUAAAGAAGAUUUUUUAUGCAAGUGGCCUAAUUGUUGGAACUUACCUACUCAAAUCUUUUUGAAUAUCCAGGACUUAAAUUUCAAUAAAUAAAACCAAUGUUUUUGAUUAUAUAAACAUUCUCAAAUAUUUAUUAACCAAUUUACAUAAAAUCAUAAUCAUUAUGUACAUCUUUCACAUAGCUUUAGUUACACAAAAAUCCUAACAUCUCGCAUAACUUGUGGAGGGCCUUCUAUUCAAUCAGAUAUUUUUUAUAAUAAAAACAAGCACCAAAUUACGAUAUAUCUUGCCAAGCUCUCUUUACAUACUGAAAAAUAAAAUGUUAGUAUGUGUGUAUAUCCCGUGUAACACAAAUGUGGUAUUUCAAAGUAGUAAAAAACUAGAGCGUGCGCUUUUCUAUUCGGGACAUGGGAAGAUUUCAAUCAAUACAUUUCAUAAAUUUAAAAAUAAUGUCAAAUAUUUCAUUAAAACGUGUGCUGGUUAGUGAAUAUUACUCUAAAAUCAUAAAUAGCACUAAUUAAAAAAAAACUAACAACUAGGUGUUAAAAAUGUCCCAAAUCAUCGUAAAAGUGGGAUAAAAAUGUUAGGAAUAACCACAUUGUAUGAUCUGAUAUAUUGAGAUGUAACAUAAUCUAUUUACAUUUCUCCAGAAUGUAAAAUUCUUAACGUCUUAUAAAGAAAUUUAAUGAACUACGAGAUAUACUAGCAUUUGAAGCAAAUAACGAAUCUCAUACACAAAUAACUACGCUUAACCAAAUGCAUAGGGGAUAACGAUAUUCUAUGAAACUAAUUAUGAUAUAUAAUAAACAAUCCAAUAAAUAAAAUAAUAGACCUGCCACAGUCGAGUUCCCGACUCUGAUGGGAGAUGGUAGUGCCAAAAACCUAACAUGCAAGUGGCAGGUACCAAAAAUGAUUUUCGAAUAAGUGACUAUAUUUUUUUAUACAUCCAUCCAUCGAAGUUAUAUCUAAGUGCUUUAUCACACGUAAAUAAUCAUAAUAGUGAUCAUAUUAAGUACAUUCCGUAUCCUUCACAUCUUCCUAUACACGAUAUAGUACAAUUCGCAAUCUCAAUUUAUGUACAUGACGCGUGACGAUAUACGUCUGCUCUAGAGGGGUAAGGCUUAAAGACUGCAAUAGUUUAGACAAUUACGUCCCGCUUUCAACAACAUAAACCUUUAUCAACGCAAUGAGGUCUUAAUUCAACUUACGACGACAAUAAUUGGCAUGAGUAACUUUCAUAUCAAGUAAAAGAAUACGCAGAAAGAGGUGGGCAUGCAAAACCGCCGCGGAAAUCUUACGUCUAACAAACGAAUAACACAUUUUAAUUAGAAGGAUUUAAACACAGUUAAAAAUUAGUAGAAAAGACAUAGAAUUCUUUUAAGCUUAUUAAGAAUGUGGUUCAAUUUUAUUAAAACACUUCUUUAAAAAGAUUUCAUUAAAUUAGUGGAAUGUUUACAUAAUAUUGAGUAAAUAAUAAAAGAUACACAGCAAUUUUGUCUUGGAGCACACACACUGUCAGUCUUAAGUAGAAAGCAAUCCAAAAUGAUUCUGCAGUGCAAACGAAGCGGCUAAACUAUCAUAUAGUUAUAAUUUCAUUAAUGUAUCUAUUGGUACAAUUUAGAUCACAGACACACUGAACAUGUAACAGAUUUCAAUAAAACUCUGCCCUUUUUAAAACACUUGAAGUUAUACUGCACUUUGAGAAUAUAAACCAAAAUAUCACAAAUAUUUAAUUUUCGAAUCUUCUUAAAUUGAGUGUGGAAUAUGUGAUUAUUUCUUAUUAUUGACAUUGUUUGCGGAAAUAAAGGAAAACAUUAGCUUUCUAGAUUUUCAUAGAAUUAUAAGCAGUACAUAUUGCCAAAAUAAAAUCGUAGUGCACAACUACAAUUGUCAUGCUACCAAAGUGGCGUACAGACAAAAUCUGUUCGUAAAACUAUUAUCUAUACAUACAUUAUAAUGUUAUAUAUCUUAAUCAGGCAUUUUUUAAGCACAGUCCACUGAGAGAAUCAUCCGAGAUCUCAGCAAAUGUAAAAUUUUGCGUAAAUGUCUUCGCUUAGAUUUUUCACAACAUACAAUUUGGUAUUAGAUCUCUGUUUUCUGCAAUACUAUGAGUUGCGUGGUUAUUUUCGUUACUAAUGUGGCCGACAUAGUACUUUAUUAACAAUCAUCAAUAUAAUAUGGUUUAUUUAUACGGUCGAAAAUAAAUUAAUAUAAUACAUUUUCAAAUUCCGAUGCAUUAAACUGUAUGCUUUUUAUUACAUUUGGAAACAACGUUUUGUCUGCAAAUGAAUACUUCACCUAAAGCUUAUAUUUAUCUCAGCAGUGUUUAAAGAUAAUUGUAUUUUCAUUUGAACAUAACAUUUAAAGUAAGUCAAGACAGGUAUAGGUCGUUGGUUAGAAAAAUUAAACUUGAUAGAUGUCGGUAUUAUCACAAUGCUUGUCGGUAAAUGCAAUAGGGAUAAUGACUAACUUUUUUUUCUACGCCUAUCAGGUAGAUUAUCAAAAAGUAUUGGACACAUAUUUUUUCUUUAUUCACAUAAUCAAAACAUUUCAGAGAUAUUGUUUUGUUGUUAUUAUUGUUUGUGAUACGGAUUUGAAAUGUCGCAUGAUGUCACGCCUUGGUACAAUUUUUUACUUAGAACGAGCCCCCACACCCAAACUUUAACACGCUUUGACUUUGUAAUUUUUUUUGAUUGACAAAAGAAAUUAUUUUUUGAUAAUUUAACUGACGGAUUAAAUAGAAUUUCGUUUAAUUUACCCGGUCAUCACCCCUAACACGUUCUGAUAAGAGCCGUAUUUGUAAAUCAAGAUCUACACGAGUCUUCUUAGUGUAAAAUUUAUGGGUGUUUUUCAAUCGCCGGAUGAGUCGAUGUUUAAUCGGUCUUAUAAAUCUCGUAAUACGGAAGUUUCCACUUUUCAGUAUGUACAGUCUUGUGACCUCACUGGGGGAUCGGUCGACCGAUAGAACGAAUGUGAAACAGCUGUACUGGAUUUUUAUAAAAAUAAUGAAAUGAAAUUAUACUUUUUUUAAAUUUAAUUACUGAAAGCUCUUUUGAAUUGUUCAAAAUUUUUCCUACCACACAUUCAAGACUUCUUUGAGCUGAUAAGUAAGUAUAAUUAACACUUGGGUGAGGGAUAAUAAUUUAAAUAAGACUGGUAGUUAGAAUAGUUUUAUCAACAAUUGGAUAAAAGUGGAUCUUUAAAGACUUUGGGAGUAAAGUAAGGGGUUUUUUGUUGCACUGUUCGUCUAUGUCUGUAGAUUUUCGUAAAUCGAAAUGUUUGUAUAUUUUCACCCCAAAUGAAUGGGGUGCUUAUACAUUUUCUGGUUACAUACAUGUGUACGAUUUCGGCUAUCAAGAGUCGUGAGAUUUACAUGAAGCCAAUCCUGGACUCUAGCCUGGUGUGUAUCGGCCUGUCUCGAUAGUCAAACUCCAGUUAAUAUAUGUCUAGAUUAUAUAAGACGUUUGUUGCCUGUAUUUUCAUUAUUUAGAGUAUAAAUAACAAAUGGUUGUUAAGAAACGGUACUAGAGUAUGGUUCAUUUUUUAAACAAAAGUUUGUUUCAUUGGUUUUUACGCACACAAAACAAGUUUCAACGGUAUAGAUGCACUGAUUUAUUUACGUUUUGCAUAAUCAGACGACGCAUCCCGAAAAUGAUGCAAAACGACAAUAAAUAAGCUGAAACUUGUUUUAUUUCAACAACAGUUGUUUAUCGCCUUUCGCCUUUUACUCUGAGCAGUAGCCAGAAUUGUAUUUAAGAUAGGGCAGCGGUAAUUGCAGGUAGAUCAUAAGCAGAGGGUGUAUAUUAAAAAAUCUGGCGCACCUCCUUUCAAGGUUUGCAACCCCCUCUCCCCUGCCCUUGAAUUUGUAAAUCAAUCUAUAGGUCAGUAAUUAAUGCCUUUUUAUGGCUUCUGCCGACCUUCGCAGCCUGCCGUCCGGUUUUAAGAUAUGGUUCCGUUAACAGCUUUUUAUUGCCCUUAACUGGAGAUUGCUUAUUAAAACUGGCCUUUUAAUGUGUAGUAGAUACAGGUGUUGGUGUGGCUAUAGACAGUAGCCGGGGUAAUGGGCCGCUCGUCAGUUGAAAAGGUCGGGCGGGAAGUUGUUCACCUCCGCCUGCUCUAAGACGGGGUUGCCUUCGGAUGAGUAGGAAACGCGUAUCCUGAGACGCAGCGGCGUCUGUAUGAAAAGUAUAUUGAGGUUUAAUUCUAAAGAAAACUUUUGUGGGUUACCUACAAUGCGAAGAGACGGCGCUGAUUUGCGGUCAAGAAAGUUAAGCAACUUUCGCAAUGGUCAGUUAUUGGAUGGGUGACCAAAAAGAUUAUUAUCUAAGCCGUUGGUCCCGGUUGCAUCUGCAGUCGUUAGCACCCACCAAUCUGCACUGGGCCCGCGUGGUGGGUCAUGGCCCAAUCUCCCCAUUCCAUCCAUAGGGAUGGCCUGUGCACCAGCAGUGGGGACAUUAAUAGGCUGAUGAUGAUAAUGAUGAUACGCACUACAGUACUUAUUGCGUGCGUUCUAUGAAAUUUGAGGUAACACACAUUGAAUAGGGAAUAUGCAUGUAAUUCAAAUAAGGCUCUAACUUUUUGUAUAAAAACUCUAUACUUUCGAAUUGUCCCUUCAUCAUGUGUUUUUAUAAAAUUUAUUUUUGUGCAAUAAAUUAAAUUUUGCGAUAAACUUCUUGGAAAUUCGUUAACUGAAACGCGACAGAGCGGGCGUGACGUAGUUACAAGUACCUUGUUUUUUGCGAGUUUCCGAUAUUUCGGCACUGUUGCAAGCGCCAUGAUCACGGAAUAACUAUCAAGGUACAUGGUAACAAUCCCGUAAAUAAUAUAAAUUACUAUAGAGUCAGUUACCAUGAAAGUUUAAAACAAUAUAACGUUCACAGGAUAUAUCAAAGUCAAAGAGACACAGUGCUAGUGAGUCGCCUUAUUUUGUUUCUAGGUUACUAUAGAUUGCGACGUCACAACAAGAGUUCCAAAUUAGAGAGCGAUGAAAAUGCCUGUUCAAAGUGGGUAUUUCUUUUACAUAUUUCACAUUUUUUCCAUUUGACGACCUCCGUGGCCGAGUGGUUUGUACGCCGGGUUUCAUGGCGUCGCCGACUCGAGAGGUCCCGGGUUCGAAUCCCGGUGGGGGCAGAUAUUUGUGUGAUGAACACGAACAUUUGUACUCCAGUCAUGGAUGUUUAAAUAUGUAUUUCUAUAUAAAUAUACAUAUAUGUAAAGUAUGUGUAUUCUAUCCGUUACCCUAGUAUCCCAUAACCCAAGCCUUAUAGUGCUUACUUUGGGGCUAGGCUAAUUGGUGUGAGUGUUGGAAAUAUUUAUAUAUUUAUUUCCACAUCGAAAAUUUUUAUACUACCUAUAUUAUGAGAAUGUAAACUAUGAAAGAAAAUAACCACGCAUAUUCCCUAUUGUUACUUCACAUUAAAAAGAUAAAGUUCACAAGUACCACACCAAGUCUCAAGAAAUCUUACAUUAAACAAUCCGACAGUCGAGCCUGGGACUUUCGGUCACGUAGGUCAUCAAUGUACUAUUAUAAUGUUGAACAAAUCAUCAUAUAUAAAGAAUCAUCAAUCUACUUACUUUCGUGGGGUUAGUGAUCUUGAGGACUUGGGUGAUUUCACUGUUCGGCGACAGCACCGUGCCGGAUGGGGACAUCAUGUCUAACCGGAACGUCUGAAACAAGACAACAAUUAAACAGCUUGCCAAAACGAAAAUUGUUUUAAUUUAGUCUGUUACAAGCACUUAUAAAUGUCUAAAAGCUACAUAAAAUAAUUUAUGUUAUUAUUAAUAAAGUAAAUUUAUGGUGGAAGUCCUUGUACAGAGAAGAACCGGCAAGAAACUCAGCAAGGGCUGUUUUUUUUCUCCCUCAUAUUAUUAUUAUAUACAGAGUGGUUAAAUUGAAAAAUGGCUUCAAUAUAAGAUGAUUCAUGAAGUCAUCUUCCAUAAAAGUAAUGUAUUGGCUAUUUGUAAACUUUACGGCAAUAUGUCUUUAUAAUGCACUAUAGCCCCUGCCCUGGGGGCCAAUCGCCUAACGGAAAUGCUAUGGGAAACGCUAACGCUUACGAUUUUAUAUUAUUAUUUCUAGCCGCCUAAGGUUUUCGAAUACCUCACGCUCAUUUUUUUUAAUAUUGUUAUUACCAAUGCAAAAGAAAAAGAAAGAGCGCGAGGCAUUUGAAUACCUCAGGCGGCUAGAAAUAACAAAAUAAAAUCGUAAGCGUUAUCGUUUUCCAAAGCAUUUCCCGUUAGGCGAUUGGCCCCCUGGUCUGUGUAAGUGGCAGGUUUCUGCUAUGAGUUGAGAAAAUUAUUUUCAUGUUUUGCGUUUUAUCAUAUUUAGUAAUGGUUUUUAAUUUACACAUCUAAUAAAUAGAUAAGUUUGAAGAGAAACUAUUCAGGAUUGAUUUUAUACUGGAUAUAAACGAAGCCUGAAUGUUCAGUACAACUCGAAUAACAGGAGAAAGGGACGCAAGGAAAAAUAAAAAACUUUUCUUGCCGUGAAAAACAGAAUAGAGGGCUACACAGACCACGGGAAUAGGAAAUAAAUAAGUGAGAGUGCUCUCAAAAUCGUUAAUAGCCAUUUGAAGUGACAACUAAAUUUCAAUAUAGUCGAAGCAUGGAGGAGCUCCUAAGACUGACAAUAACGAAAGUAAGGAGUCCUUGAUGACAUGAUGCUCAGGAUGUACAAAAAAAUCUAUGGCAGUCAUCCAUUUUCCGUUUUUCGGUGUAUAUUUAAAUGUUCAUCAAACAUACUAAAGGGGUGAUGACGGGGGGUAAAGUAGAAGAAAUUCUAUAGUCCUAAAAAAACAUAAGAAAGCAUUUGACGACCUCUGAGGCCAAGUGGUUUAUACGCCGGGAUUCAUGGUGUUGCCGACUCGAGAGGUCCCGGCUUCGAAUCCAGUUGGAGGUAGAUGUUUGUGCGAUGAAUACGAACAUUUGUACUCAGGUCAUGGAUGUUUGAUGUGUAUUUCUAUAUAAAUAUACUUAUAUAUGUAAAAUACAUGUAUUCUAUCCGUUACUCUAGUAUCCCAUAACACAAGCCUUACAGUGCUUACUUUGGGGCUAGGCUUAUUGGUGUGAGUGUUGAAAAUAUUUAUAUUUAAAUAUUUUUCUCUAGUAAUCAACCAAAAAAUUACAAAGUUUAAGCGCGUCUAAGUUUAGGAGUGGGGGUUUGUGACGUCAUGGAUGGAUCAUGUCAAAUGGAGCCACAAUAUUUCCCUUAUAUUCCCCUUACAUCGCAGACAGACAGACAGAAGACUUACCCGGGCACAGUCGUCUGAAUCAUGUCCAAUGCAGUCACAGUAUUCCCCUUAUAUUCCCGUGACAUCGUAGACAGACAGACGCACAACUUACCCGGGCACGGCCGCCUGGAUCUUGUCACAGUAUUUCCCUUACUAGCGGCCGCCCGCGACUUCGUACGUGUGGAGUUAGAAAUAAAGGUUCACUGUUCGUUCCCCGUAGGCGACCCGACUUUUUAAUACUAUUCGUGCCAAAUUUUAAGUAAAUCCAUGCAGUACUUUUUGAGUUUAUCCCGAACAUACAAACAGACAAAAAUUCUAAAAACUAUAUUUUUGGUUUCGGUAUCAAUGGUAGAUCACACCCCAUGUAUUCUUUAAAAAAAUAUUCAAUGUACAGUUUUGACUUUCCUACCAUUUUAUUAUAUGUAUAGAUAUUCCCCUUACAUCGCAGACAGACAGACACACGACUUACCCGGGGCACGGCCGCUUGGAACAGGAAAUCGGUGAGGGUAGCGAGUGACGAGGCCCGCAUCGUGAGAGUGACUCCGUCGCUAGCAGGCCAUCGCUCCACUUCGAGAAUGACGCGAAGACCGUUCUUCUCCAAUGCAGUCACUGUUGAUACUUCUGUGAACGAAUAAUGAACAUAUUUCAAUAUAGUUAUAGGGGAAACCACCCAAUCAUUGGCACUUUUGAGUUUAUUUCGAAAAAAACAAGGAGACAAUAGAUUAUUCAAGGUCGUUACAUAUCAAAAAUAAAAACCUAGUAUGGUUUCGAAAUUUGAAAAUUGGCAGCAUUAUUCCUAUAAUCUAUUUUUUCCUGUUUUUUUCGAACUAAACUCAAAAGUGCCAAUAAUAGGAAGAGUACCAAUGAUUGGGUAGUUUCCCCUACUAUUUAUUUUUUAAGCAAAUAACUGAUAGAUGUUAAAAUCUAAAGAAAAUUAUACUAGAAAAAAAUCCACGUAGACCAGGCAGCAGACGGUACUCGAACCCGCAGCCUUCGCUAUCCGGGCGAAUGCACUGACCAUUAUGCUACCGCGGCCCUGAUGGCCGUGUCGAAUUCUCUCUAGACUUAGGCUGCAAGGCAGCGCCAUCUCUUCGCAUUGUAGGUAACCCACAAUGUCAAAUGAAUACCUUUACAAAUAUUACGGGUUCAUUAUUAUAAUCACCUGCGGGGGAUGUAUGAGACGCGGCACAGCAGUAAGGUAGCAGGGGCGGUGCCUGAUAAAUCUAGCCCGCUCAAUAGGUGUCGGUUCCAUUAUUAUAAUCACUGGCAGGGGAUACAUCUAGCCCGCUCUGUAGGUGCCGGGUUCAUAAUUAUAAUCACCUGCGGGGGAUAGAUCUAGCCCGCUCAAUAGGUGCCAGGUUCAUAAUUGUAUUCACUUGCGGGUAGAUCUUGCCCGCUAAGUAGGUGCUGGGUUCAUUAUUAUAAUCACCUGCGGGGGAUAGAUCUAGCCCGCUCUAUAGGUACCGGGUUCAUUAUUAUAAUCACCUGUGGGGGAUAGAUCUAGUACGCUCAAUCCACCAGGACAACGGCUAACUAGAGCCGAGGUCCGAAUCUCACAGACCCCCUCAGGUUCGAGUGGCUUAGAGGCUCCAGACGGAGGAGACUCCUCCCGUAGGGAGAUGCCAUCCGCCAGGAAUACCUCUAGAGGCACUCGCCAAUUCUCGGCUUGAGGUCCCCUUAGGAUCUCGCCGUCCCCAAACCCGGUGACGAUGUAAAGGUCAUCUGCGACCAACAGCAUACACUCAAAAAUAAAAAUAAAAUGUCCGCUCAACAGGUGCCGGGUUCAUUAUUAUAAUCACCUGCGGGUGGUAUAUGAGGCGCGGGACUGAACAGUCCGUCCAGUAGUAAAGUAGCCGGCGCGGGAACAGACGCGGCAACUGUAGCGGGAACUGAAGGGGGGGCAGUGCCUGAUAGAUCUAGCCCGCUCAAUAGGUCCAGGAUGUCC